AUGACAACCGCAGAGCAACGAGCUUUAGCACUCUUAUUGAGGCGCGAAUUCAAAUAUUCUUAUCGUGAAAUUGCUUUAAAAACAAACAUGUCAAAGUCAAGUGUGCUUAGAGUCAUUAAAAGCUUUGAUAUGAAGAAAAAAGGUAGCGAUAAUAAGUUAAAAAAGUCUCGCCAAGGUCGAAAAAGAACAUUAACGCAACGAGAUGAACGUAAACUGAAGAGAGCAAUUAUGCAACUCCGCGAAAGAAGUCCAAACUUCACAGUUAUGGAGGUAGUUCAACGUAGCGGCAUUUCACCAACAAGCGUGACUUACAGAACAUUUCUUCGGUAUGUGAAACGGCUAGGAUAUGGAUAUUAUCAGAGUCGAAAGAAAGGUGUUCUUACGAAUAAAGAUUUAAAAAUACGACGAAAAUUUGCGCGAACCAUGGCAACCAAACACGAGGAUUAUUGGACAUCAGAUGUAGCUUUCUAUUUGGAUGGUGUUUCCUUCGUUUACAAAAGCAAUCCACUGAGUGACGUGCUCAAACCGAAAAACCGUGUUUGGCGGAAAAGAGGCGAAGGAUUGCUAUUAACUACCAAAGGCAGUAAAGAACUUGCUGGCGGUAAACGAUUGCAUUUGCUUGUAGCUAUGGCACACGGGCACGGUGUUAUUUGCGCAGAACCAUAUGUAAAGAUGGACGGCCCAUAUUUUGCACGCUUUAUACGCCGUCAUUUCCCCAUUCUAUUUGACAUUACAAAAAACGAUAAUACCACACCAAAAUUAUUUGUAAUGGAUAAUGAUCCUUCACAGACCUCUGCUGUUGCGAAAAAAGCUUUAAAAUCUAUUGGAGCUAACAUGCAAGUUAUUCCAGCCAGAUCACCUGACUUGAAUCCGAUUGAAAAUUUAUUCCAUAUUGUUCGAAAAAGAAUGGAAGCAGAAAUCUUGCAGAAGAACAUUAUACACCAGUCGUGGGAUGAAUUUGUCGAAAGAGUUAAGCUGAACAUUUGGUCUGUCUCACAAGAAUAUGUAGAUAAGACAAUUGCAAGUAUGCCAAGGAGAAUUAAAGAUAUUCUUAAACUUAAGGGAAAACGAACAAAAUAUUAG